CGUACUCCUUCAUUGCGCCACCGCCAUGGCUACCUCCCCCACCACCUCGUCUCACAUGGCCAGUCCAGUGCACAGCUGAACAUCAAUCAAUGCUACGCAGCUUUCCAGCAGCUAUAUACGGUAUACUCAGCUGCUGCAGACAAUGGAAACCCAAGUUUGAAGCAGCUUCUUCCUUCAGUAGCUCUUAGCCAGCCAACAGCUAGCCAUGGGUAGAGGAGGUGGCGUGAUGGAGAGUAAGGCAGUGGUGCUCACCCUGCUGCUCUGCCUGAGCAGAGCCGCCGUGGGCGCGUGGGCGAGGCCCGUGGCAAACAAGGGAAAGCACGCCAACGAGGAGAUGUUCCUCUUGAUCAAGAAGCACUUCGGCAAGGGGCUUGGAGGAGGUGGUGGGCUCGGUGGAGGGUAUGGCAAAGGUGCAGGGCUUGGUGGAGGGGGCGGUGGUCUCGGUGGUGGUGGCGGCUACGGUGGAGGUGGCGGCCCUAGCGGUGGGUUCGGCAAAGGCGGUGGACUUGGUGGUGGAUUUGGCAAAGGUGGUGGAGGUAUUGGUGGAGGUAUUGGUAAAGGUGGCGGCCUUGGCGGUGGAAUAGGCCAUGGCAUUGGCGGUGGUUUCGGUAAAGGUGGAGGUCUUGGCGGUGGCAUCGGCAAAGGUGGAGGUCUUGGGGGUGGCAUUGGCAAAGGUGGAGGACUUGGCGGAAGUAUUGGAAAAGGUGGCGGUCUUGGUGGUGGAAUAGGCCAUGGCAUUGGUGGUGGUUUUGGUAAGGGCCGGCGGGAAAACUAG